GUGAGUGGGCGCAAUCGGGUCUACCCGAUGCGGACGAGCCUAAGGCCUGAUCAAAACGCGUGACUGAACGAGAUCAACCUCCUCUUCCCAGCGAUGAAUUGGCAGCCGGCAGGCAAAGCGUUCACUUUGGGUGCCUCUAAGUAUAUCGACGAAGUGGCGAAAGAGUCGGAUAUCGAUCCACACCUUCGCCAGCGAUGGAGCCGAUACUGGAUUGACGAGAGGGUCCGCAAGGCGAUCGUCAACAGCUUUGCACUCGCCAAGGCGAUGCCGGGCCCGGACGUCAGCCGCUUCGUCAUGCCAAGCUCUGUACACACCCUCAACCAUUUCAUCUCGCUGUACUUCGAGCACUUUCAUGAACAGUUCCCAAUCCUUCACUUGCCCACCUUCGAGCCCUCGCAGUCACCGCCUCUCUCCGUGGCCGCCAUGAUCUGCGUGGGCGCGUGCUAUUCCGACCGUUCGGGAGCUCGAACGUUUGCGGUCGAGAUGAUCGAGGUACUUCGUAAGACACUAAACGCCCUGUUCGAACACGACUCUACGAAUUUACGGAGUGCGUCUUCAAUUCACGCCUAUCUCUUGGUCAUGCUGGCCGGGCUAUUGAUUGGGAACAAGCGGACCUAUGAAUUGGCUGAAGCGAGUCGUGGAACGCUCAUCAAUCUCUGUCGAAGGGCGGACCUACUGGGCGCCACCAGCGUGACGGUGCUAGAAAGCGGUCUCAAAUCUGGCAACCCAGAUGAACGCUGGAGGACGUGGGCGGCAUUGGAGAGCAGGAAACGAUUAGGCGGUGCUAUUAGCCUGGUCGAUACGAUCUUUCCGGCGCUACUUGAUAUCCCUGCGUAUCACAGUCACGGCGAGAUGCUCAAGACGGCAUUGCCCUGUGAUGAAAUUUACUUCGCCGCCCCGACUGCCAAGGCUUGGAGCAAUCUCCUGGGAUCGAGCCCUUCGCCUCCGUGCCCGUUCUUUACUAUGGCUUCCGCCGCGCUCUUGACGCCCACCUAUGUCGAGGAACAAAACAGAAUAGCCCCUAUCCCUUGCCUUAACCCGUUUGCGGCCCUUCUGACGGUCUCAGCGCUACAUCACCAUAUCUACGAAUUCAGGGCACAGCUCGGCGCGUAUACCGGAUCCGGACUACCUGUUCCGCUUUAUCGGCCUGGUAGCGAAGAACGGAUGCGUGAUGGAUUCGAAGGACGCAGACAGUGGCUACGAGAAUCGCUCGAUAUCUGGUGGAAACAUUACUACGACCUCAAUCCCGAUGCGCCGCUCAUGAACAACGCCCGAGCGCUCUAUCACCUAGGUCACGUCGCCUUGGGCGUACAUGUGCAGUCCCUGUAUAUGGCAACGGGGAAACGAGGCAAACAGGCAGCCAUCGAUGUCUUGACCGAACUGCAGUCCUGGGCACCGAGCGAAGAUGCGUGCCACGCGGUCAAGCACUCAUUAGGGUUGCUGGAGGUCUUGUCCCACUCCAAGCGCACGUCCCCGUACUACCCGCUGUGCGUAUUCGUGGCGACGCUCUCUACCUGGGCGUUUGUCAAACAUCUGCCGGUCGAUGACCGUGACCAGGAGCAGAUCGCGCUCCUCGGCGAGGUUCAGAGAUGGUUGACACCUACCACCGUGACGCACGAUCACGAGGAUCGAUACAUCCGGAAAAAGAUUCUGCAAAAGGGUGCCAAGCUGUUGUCCGAGACCAAGGCUUGGAGAAUCGGAUCCGCGUUUGCCUUGGUCUUGCUCAAGGAAGCGGAGAUGGAUCUCGAUAGGAAUGGGACGGUAUGAUUCGGGGGUUAUAUGGUCGGCUCGAGCAUGCGCAGGGAUAUCAUCACUUGUUGAGACCGAGUGUGACGGAAUCGACUGCUCGUUGCCUUGAUGCCCAGUCGCCGAAGAAUGAUAGU